CUCUCUCUCUCUCUCUCUCUCUCUCUUCUCACCGUCACUGGAGAAGGCGGUUCCUGAUUCCUCCUAGCGAUUCCGUUUCCCUCGAACCCUAAUGCGUUCGACGCGAUUGAUUGCUUAGUCUACUGCUUAAAGCCCCAACUGGUCGAUCGAUCUGGACGCGCCAUGGACGACUGCAGCAGCACGGCCGCCACCGUCGCCCAAGCCAUCGCCGCCGCACUGGAUUGGAACUCUCCCCCCGAUUCCCGCAAGGCCGCUGUCGCCUACUUGGAAUCCGUCAAGAGUGGGAAUGUUCGAACUUUGGCUAGCACAUCUCUUCUCCUAGUUCGAAGUGAUUGGACCUCUGAGAUUCGACUACAUGGGUUUAAGAUGUUGCAGCAUUUGGUUCGAUAUAGAUGGGAUGAGUUCAACAUUACAGAAAGGAGAGAGUUUGCAAACCUUACAAUUAGUAUAAUCUCAGAGGUGGUGAACCAUCAGGAGGAAUGGGCAUUGAAGAGUCAAACAGCUGCUUUAGUUGCUGAGGUUGUGCGACGAGAAGGAGUAGCACUUUGGCAUGAACUUCUACCAACUCUGGUUUCUCUAUCAGCCAAAGGUCCCAUUGAGGCUGAGUUAGUUGCCAUGGUGCUGAGGUGGCUUCCUGAAGACAUCACAGUUCAUAAUGAAGACCUAGAAGGUGACAGGAGAAGAGUAUUGUUGCGUGGGCUUACUGAAUCAUUGGCUGAAAUUUUACCACUAUUAUACACUUUGCUUGAGAAACAUUUUGGAGCUGCUUUGAGAGAGUUCAUGGCACAACAAUUAGAUGCUGCAAAACAACACGCAACUGCCGUAAUAGCUUCUCUGAAUGCUGUAAAUGCGUAUACUGAAUGGGCUCCUGUGCCUGAUCUUGCAAAAUAUGGUUUGAUCCAUGGGUGUGGAUGCAUAUUGCCUUAUAAUGAAUUUCGCCUCCAUGCUUGUGAGUUUUUUAAAUUCCUUUCUCAAAGGAAAAGGCCCACUGAUAAUACAGCUGUGGAGUUUGAUUCUGCAAUGAUGUCUGUCUUCCAAAUUUUAAUGAACAUUUCAAGAGAUUUUUUCAAUAAAUCUAAGUCAAACUUUAGUGCAAUUGAUGAAACUGAGAUUGAGUUUAUGGAAUCUAUAUGUGAGUGUAUGGUAACUUUAGCUUCUUCCAAUGUGCAAUGUAUUACUGGUGAUGGAGCAAUGACUUCUCAAUUUCUUCAACAGAUGCUGGAGUAUUACCAACAUGUAAAGUUUGCCCUCCAUUAUCAAUCCUUGCUCUUUUGGCUCGUAAUAAUGAGAGAACCUGUUUCAAAGGGGAAAAGUUCUGGACAUAGUUUGGGUGAAAAUUUUGUUGGCAAUUUGGGAAUUGCCUCCAAACCCUCCGAGAAAGAGAAGAUUAUCAUGUCAGUCCUUGUCAAUGAUGACAUUUGUGCAGCUAUCUUGGAUAUUUCUUUCCUGAGAAUGUUGAAGAAAAAUCCAUCUGCAGGCAAUCUAUCUACUCAGAAUGACUUUGAACUAUGGGAUGAUGAGUUUGAUUCAAAAACUGACUUCAGUCAGUAUCGCUCUAGGCUGCUGGAGCUUAUUAAACUUAUUGCUGUUCAAAAGCCAUUGCUUGCUGCAACAAGAGUUUCAGAGAGAAUUACUAUGAUUUUUAAAAAUUGUGCUCAUGCUUCUGUGUCAGCUCAGGAAUUAGCAAUGCUAGAGAGUGCUCAAAUGGGACUUGAAACAGUUGCCGGUGCAAUUUUUGAUGGCCCAGUUGAAUUUGUGAAUAUUGUUGCUGAGUCCAAGUUGCAAUUACACAGUACUUUUGAAGGUCUUCUUCAACAUUUCCUUUCCUUAAGAUGGACUGAACCAGCACUUGCAGUAAUUCUCUGUAGAUACUUGGAUUCGUUGGGACCUUAUUUCAAAUAUUAUUCCGACACAAUUGCUAGUGUUGUUAAUAGGCUUUUUGAGCUGUUAACAUCACUUCCUAUUGCAAUCAAGGAUCCUUCUUUAAAUAAUACUCGACAUGCUAGACUGCAAAUUUGUACAUCAUUUAUCCGCAUCGCCAAAGCUGCUGGGAGAAGUCUUCUUCCUCAUAUGAAGGGCAUUGCUGACACCAUGGCCUAUCUUCAAGGAGAAGGUCGGUUGCUGCGGGGUGAGCAUAAUAUUUUAGGCGAAGCAUUUCUUGUUAUGGCAGCUUCUUCUGGGAUUCAACAACAUCAGGAAGUAUUAGCCUGGUUGCUUGAACCUUUGAGCAAGCAAUGGACCCAGUCAGAGUGGCAAAAUGCAUUUUUAUCUGAUCCAGCUGGUCUAACCCGAUUGUUCUCUGAUCCUCAAUUUAUGUGGUCAAUUUACCAUAACGUGACCUUUUUUGAGAAGGCACUCAAAAGAAGUGGAGUUAAGAAGCCUGCCAUGAAUCUACAGGGAAGUUCAGAAGCCACUGAUGCAUCUACUCAUCCAUAUGCUAUGUCUUCUCAUUUGUCAUGGAUGCUGCCUCCUCUCUUGAGGUUGUUACGAUGCAUACAUUCUCUAUGGUCUCCACCAAUAAGUGAAGCUUUGCCAGCAGAAAUUAGAGCAGCAAAGGCUAUGAGUCAUGCUGAGAAGGCUAGCCUUCUUGGUGAAAGCACUAAAUUGCUAAAAGAUCUGUCUACUUCAGGAGAUGGACGCCAGGCUGACACAAUAAGAGAAGAAGAGUUAAGUGAAAAUGACUUAAGAAAUUGGCUAAAGGGAAUCAGGGACAGUGGCUACAAUGUAGUAGGACUUUCGACAACCGUUGGCGACACAUUCUUUAAAUGCUUGGAGAGUCAUUCUGUUGCAUUAGCUCUAACAGAUAAUGUACAAUCAAUGGAGUUUAGACAUCUACGACUACUUAUCCACUCAGUCAUCAUUCCUUUGGUGAAAUUCUGUCCUCCAAACUUAUGGGAGCUUUGGCUAGAAAAUAUCUUACACCCUUUACUGAUCCACUGCCAGCAAACCCUUGCUUGUUCAUGGUCCAGUCUUUUAUGCGAAGGUAGGGUAAAGGUUCCUGAUUGCUUUGGCAAUCUUUCUGGUCUGGAGCUGAAGGUGGAAGUGAUGGAGGAAAAGUUGCUCCGUGACUUGACUCGAGAAGUGUGUUCACUUCUCUCGACUUUGGCUUCACCACCUCUGAACACUGGGCUUCCUUCUUUAGAGCAGCUUGGACCUGGUAAUCGUGUUGAUUCACUUAAAGAUUUGAAUGCCUUUGCCUCAAAUUCUUUGGUCGCCUUCCUCAUGACUCGCCAAGGUCUCGCUCUUCACUCAUUGAGAAUAGGCAUAAACGCAUUGGCAUGGACCGAUGGGGAUUCUGUGAAUAAAGUUAUCCCUUUCUGUGGGUUGAUUAUUGUUCUUGCUAUUAUAACAAGCAGUGUGGAACUUAGAGAGAUUGUCUCCAAGGAUUUGUUCCUUGCUUUAAUUCAAGCUUUAUCACUUGAGUCCAAUGCCAUGAUUAGCUCGGACCUCCUUGGAUUGUGUCGUGAAAUAUAUGUAUAUCUGGCAGAUAGAGAUCCUGCACCACGCCAGGUUAUGUUGAGCCUCCCUUCUAUCACAAGCAAUGAUUUGCUUGCUUUUGAUGAUGCUCUGAUCAAAACUAGUAGCCCUAAAGAACAAAAGCAACUCCUUAAGGGCUUGCUUCUAUCAGCUACUGGAAAUAAAUUGAGAGCUCUUGCUGCCCUAAGGACCACAAACAUCAUAACAAACGUUACAGCUAGAGCAAGGAGUUCAGCUUCAAACUCUGGACACAACACUGAGGAAGAUGGCACCAUUGGCUUGGCAGCAAUAACUUGAAAUACUUUGGUCUCUAUAUUGUUCCUCACAUAUCACAUUAUUGACAAUGGCACAAGAAGUUCCAAAGUGAGCUGAGAGAGAUCAACCAAGAUAUCCAGAUUCAAAUCCUAUAGGCAACGCUGCACCGAUUCAGGAUAUCUAAAGAGCGAAUCAACUCUUACUACGAUUUUAGCAAGGCUUUUUGUCGUUUGAGCUCAAACCGUGAUGUAUCAAUGAUUUGAGCAAGGAUCUCUGAUUCGAUUGUGUAUGUUGCACACUUGUCCAGUGAAGUUAGUUUCUGUUGUAUAGUAUGGCGAUCUGUAACUUGAAUACCUCAAUUAUUGGUGGCUUAGAAAUGUAGUUCUACUAAAUUCUGAGUAAAAAGUAAAAAGGCUGUUGCUUGUUCUCAAAACAAUCACAAGUAUCUUUGUUU